AUGGUGACACGAAGCAUCUGGUCCCACGUUUCAACUCGAUGGUGGCCUUUCUGGUCCCGCGCGUGCAUCAAGUUCAAGAGCUUGCUGCCAGCUGCCCCCCACGCUUUUCAAUCUUCGGAUGGUUCAGCGACACUGCGCCCUAUCCGUCGGAGGAAAGUUUGGCAGCUGGGAGUUUUGCAAAAUUUUGCAGAUUUCGGUGGUAGUUCAAAGACUCUUGAUAGAAUCCCUGAUGCGGCGAUCCAUAAUCCUGCUCAAACCCUUUUAUGUCCCUAG